CUCUUCCCUUAUCCUCUCUCUCUCUCUCUCUCUCUCUUCAUUGCCAAAUGCCAAUCCAACACAUACAUACAUACAUCAAAUGAACCAACCACAAUAUAGCCUUAGAGAGAGAAGCUAAACUCAAGUAAGGAAAAGAGAGUAUUCUCAUAAUAAUUCCAUUCUCCAGAGAGUGAGAGAGAGAGAGAAGAGAGAGCCCACAAGAAUUUAAUAAGGUUUUGUCGCUGUUUCUAUCUUUAAAUUAAAUAAAAAAAAAUGAAAUAUUGAGAGAGAAAAGAGAAAGAGAAAGAGAAAUAGAAAAGGUUUUUCAUUUGAGUAGUAGUGUUUAGAUUUAUAUAAAUCUAUUAUUCUGUCACGCAUGUGAUCAUGGAACGAGGAGGUGAUGAUCAUCUCCACCACCACCAUCACCACCACCACCACCAUAACCGCCGCCCGACUUUUCCGUUCCAAUUGCUGGAGAAGAAAGAGGACGAAGCAUGCUCCAGCAGCUCGUCCUCCGCCACUACCACCACCACUACCACCGCCAUCGUCCCGUAUCCUUCUCUCGCAAUCUCCUCCUCCGUCGAUACUAGCGGAGCAAACCCUAACGCCGCCGCUGCUUCGGCGGAGCCGUCGAAGAAGCCGCCGCCGAAGCGGACGUCGACGAAGGACAGGCACACGAAGGUGGACGGGCGGGGGCGGCGCAUCCGCAUGCCGGCGCUCUGCGCCGCCAGGGUUUUCCAGCUCACCCGCGAGCUCGGCCACAAGUCCGACGGGGAGACCAUCGAGUGGCUGCUCCAGCAAGCCGAGCCGGCCGUGAUAGCCGCCACGGGAACCGGCACGAUUCCCGCCAAUUUCACGUCGCUUAAUAUUUCCUUGCGGAGCUCCGGGUCGAGCAUGUCCGUGCCGUCCCAGCUACGAUCUCAGUAUUUCAACCCUAACUUCUCCCUCUCGCAGCGGCGGAGCCUCUUCCCGGCCGGAAUCGGGUUAUCGCCGGCGGAUAACUCCGCCACCACGCUCCUCAAUUUCCAAGCGGCCAAUAUCAACAUCAAUAACCCUAGUAUGAACCUCUCCGCCGCCAAGCCGGAGCUCCGCGACAAUUCGAUCGAUUUGACGGAGCCGACGGCGGAGGAGGAAGAGAGCAUCGGGCGGAAACGGCGGCCGGAGCAAGAUUUACAGCACCAAAUGGGGAGUUAUCUCCUGCAAUCCAGCGCAGGGACGAUGCCCGCGAGCCACGCUUCCGUACCGGCAAAUUUCUGGAUGGUAACUAAUUCAACAAACCCCGUAAUGGGCGGGGCGGGCGGCGAUCCAAUAUGGACGUUUCCGUCCGUUAGUAACAACGCGGCGGCUUUGUAUAGAGGCACGAUGUCUAGUGGGUUGCAUUUUAUGAAUUUUCCCACGCCGGUGGCGCUGCUGCCAAGUCAGCAACUCGGCGCCAAUAUUGGCGGCGGCGGCGGCGGAAAUGGGCUGGGAGAAGGGCAGUUAGGCAUGUUUGCGGGGCUAAACCCGUAUCAUCGCUCCGGCGGCGGCGGCGGCGGCGUAUCUGAAUCUCAGGCCAGUGGCUCUCAUUCACACCACGGCGGGGAUGAUCGCCCCGACACCACAAGUUAACAUUCACCGAGUCAUGAGACGAUAUUCAUCGGAAUUCAUGAAGCUGUUCAUCAAUCCCUCCACUUAUGUUGUGUAGUUUGGAUGUUUAAACAUACACGUGAGGUUUGAUUAAUUAUUUUCUCUCAAAUUUCAGUUUUAAUUUUUGUUUCUUUUUCUUUUCUUUUCUUUCUUUCUUGCUUAAUUCCCUCUGAUUUUUAUUCCUUUUUUUUUCCUUAAUUUUCUUGUGUGAUUAGUAUGCCUGCCGGUUUUAAGGUUUGGAGAAGGCAAGAGACUGAAAUAUCAUUUGAUUUUUCCAUUUAAUUUACACAAAUAUAUGGUUUGUGGAGUUCUUUA